GUAGGGAUUUCAUUGCCCCUUGCAAAUGCAAAGGGACAUCAAAGUAUGUUCAUCGUGAUUGCUUGGAUCACUGGAGAGCUAUAAAGGAAGGUUUUGCGUUUGCACACUGCACAACUUGCAAGGCUCCUUAUUAUCUGAGAGUUCAUGGUGCUGGUGAUAGGAAAUGGAGGACCUUGAAGUUUCGCUUCUUUACAAAAGUAAAAUGGGCAAAGGUAUAA